GUUUUGUCUCGCGAUGUUUCCGCGCCGCUCACAUCCAGACCGCGAGAGGAUGAGCGAUGGCAAUAGAAAACAAACCUGGGGACCAACUGGACACCGUUUUCGGUCAAAGUGACUCCUCGGAGGUCCCUUCGCACCGCGGUCAUGACACCGCGUCCGCUCGCAUCUUCAAGAUAAUCGUCAUCGGGGACUCGAGCGUGGGGAAGACGUGCUUGACGUACCGCUUCUGCGGGGGCUCUUUCCUGAACAACCCGGAGGCGACGAUCGGGGUCGAUUUCCGAGAGAAGACGCUGGAUAUUGACGGAGAGAGUAUCAAGCUGCAGGUCUGGGACACGGCGGGCCAGGAGCGUUUCAGGAAGAGCAUGGUGGAGCACUACUACCGCAGCGUCCACGCCGUCAUCUUCGUGUACGACGUGACCAGCCUCUCCUCCUUCCAGAGCGUCCCCGAUUGGAUCGAGGAGUGCAGCCGGCACAGCGUGGGGCCCCUGGUGCCCCGCAUCAUGGUGGGCAACAAGUGCGACCUGAGGGACCGCCGGGAGGUCCCCACCACGGCGGCGCAGUGCCUCGCCGACAGCUACAACUUCCCGCUGUUCGAGACCUCUGCCAAGGAGCCCGCUGAGAAGGAGCACGUGGACGCCAUCUUUCUGACUCUGGCGUACAGACUGAAGAGCCACAAACCGCUGCGACUGAAGCAGCCGAGCGAGAGCAGCGCCGGGCAGCUGUGGGACCAGAGGGAGCCGGGAGCGCCGACGUGCCAGUGCUGAGGUCACCUCCGUCCUGUGUGAGGUCAUCGCAGCCUCGUGGGUCGAUAACGGUGCCGAGGAAAGUCCUGUGACUGAAGUCAGAAAGGCCUCUUAUGAUCGUGACACAGAGCGGCGUGAAUCGGUUUUACCCGUAUGCCUGCUUGAUGCGAGGCACGCCGUGCGACGGUAGGGGGGGGUAUAAGUUGCACACUAUUAAUUUAACAUUUCAAUGAAAAGCAUGAGUGGAAAUGGCGGUAUGCUAAAUAUCUGUGAGAGCAGAGUCCGAGCAGAGUGCACAUUAUUACGUAGAGGAAACAUAUGCUGUCAGCUGUCCUGUGGCUCUGCAGCAUUCAACACAGAAACAUUUCAGUGUAAAGAAAUGGACCAAAAAGGUCAAUUAAAACUCAAAGAAAAAUGUGCAAUCAUUUUUACGUUGUUUUAAAGUGACAUUGCUGUUCCUCUAAGAAAUGAAGGCAGCGUGAGUUUUGCUGUUGCUGAAUGUGUAUUUCUCAAAUAUAAAUAUGAACAUAACCGGCUUUGUCAGCUCCUUCUGUUGCCCGGUAACAAAAUGUAACUAACUACUUGAUUGCUUUACUUGAAUAGCAUGAACACAUGCUCAAGCUGUCUCUGGAAAAUGUUGUGCCAAAUGCAAGGUGUUGAUGGUAUGGGAUAAAAUCACUAACUGAUACUUUAUUUUUGCAUGUGUACAAAAAUGCAAACGCUUUCCAAAAGUAUGAAGAUCUGUGAUAAUGUUUCAAAUCAAUAAAAGUGGUUUCAUCGUGAAUGAUUUCAAA